CAUUAAAAAGGAGAAGAAGAUCAAUAUGGCGGACAACGGCCGAUCGCACACAUACAACAUCCAUUCAGGGAAAACAGUGCGUGAUUAUUGUUAACAUCACUCGCUCUUCUCUCUUCAUUUGUGUCAGACGUCUGGUAUUUAGAUGGCACAAAAACAAGGAAUGUAAACAAGUGAUUAUGUGUCAGCAAUAAAAAGGAAUUUCCCGUAGAAGGAAGUCAUUUUUCAUCGGGUGGGAGGGUCUAGAACUGGUUUUUAAGCACCAGAAUCCUCUGAUCAGCUGAAGCUGGACGUGAAGCAUCGCCAGAGAACGAUGUCAAAUGUGAGUGUGAAUGACAGCUGUACGGAUGUGGAUCAUGCGGUGAAGCGCUACUAUCUGCCCGUCAUGUACAGCUUCAUCUUUAUUGUGGGUGCGGUGGGGAACGUCACGGCUCUGGUGGUGUACGUGCUGAAAGUUCGUCCCUGGACCAACAGCACCAUCAUCAUGGUGAAUCUUCUCAUCACCGAUCUCCUGCUGAUGGUCAGUCUUCCCUUCCUAGUGUACUACUACACCCUAGACGACACCUGGUCUCUCGGGGUCCAAAUGUGUCGCUUCACUCGCUUCAUCUUUCAUUUUAAUCUGUACGGCAGCAUCCUCUUCCUCACCUGUCUGUCAGUCUUCCGUUACGUGGCGGUGGUGCGUCCGUUACAGAGAGAGAACAUUAAGAAGAAGCGCUGGGGUGUCCUGGCCUGUGUGUUGGUCUGGACUCUCGCCGUGGCUUUGAUAUCGCCCAUGUUUAACUUGUUUAAUUUGAAAGUGCAAAAGAACAAAACCGUCUGCCCGGAUUACGCCAGCAGCGAGAUCGAUUUCGUCUGGAAGUACAGUUGGGUGAUGACUGUGCUGGGAUACGUAAUGCCGCUGAUCGUGGUGUGUUUGUGUUACUGGCGUAUCAUGAAGGUGUUGGCCAAGGGUCCUCACAACGGAAGCGCAAAACGCACCAGAGCGAGAAGAGUCAUCGCGUUGAUAUUGACCUGUUUCAUCGUGUGUUUCUUACCGUUCCACGUCUUACGAGCUUUGAGAAUCUACACAAGAAUCAUGAAGGACGUCACCUGCACGCUGGACAAGGGUGCGCACGCGGCGUACGUGAUCUCUAGACCCAUCGCUGUUCUUAACAUUGUUUUUAACAUGUUGUUGUACACGCUGUCGGGGGAUUCCUUUAAACAGGCCUUCGUGGAACUCUUCAGAUGUAAAGAAAUCGCAGAAAAGACUAAACACAUCUUUAACGUAGCUGUCAUCAGCAGACCCACAACCAAUUAACGGCAUUAAAAGAACUGAAAUAUUUAUUCUUAAUGUCAAACACGCACAAAUGCAAACGCAGCCUAAUCUCUGUAUCAUUUCUUUAUGUGUAGCAACUGUCUGUUUUAUGCACAAGGUGCUUUCUGUUAUAGAAUAAUACUUUUGGACGGCAGGGCUGAGAGUUAUAUUAUUACUGUUUAAGGAAAUAAUGGCAUGCAUGCACUUUUGGUUUGUAUAUAAAAUUGGCGCACUGUGAUUAUAUUAUAAUAUACAGUACAAUGCUUCGUGUUAAUGCGUUCACAGUACAUGAUCUUACAUAAGCUCUGAAUGAAGAAUGUCAGAUUCAUCUUGAUUGUUUCCUCCUUCAUUAUCAUCAUGUGUGCAUUUAUUGUUUCGUGAAGUUCAUUGGCAAAAGAGGAGGAAGCAAAGACAAGAUUUAGCUUGAUUAAUCACUGAUUUAUUGGUAUUAGCUUUGUCUGACGUCAUCACACGCAAGCCGAACAAAUGAACACUGUUGGUGAACAUGAGAGAUGUUGUCUGUAUUGUACUGAAAUACAUUUGAAUAAAGUUUACAAAUGAAAUCAGACGAAUAAAUUCAUUUCAUCAAUCAACGAUGUAC